GGUGAGUGAAGAUCUGGACAUUUGGAAUGCGACUUGUAUGCCAUGCAGUAAUAUAAAAACAGACAUGGUGUCUCGGUGGGCUUUGAAUAGUCUGCACGUCGUGUGGUCGCUUCGUAAACGGGCACACACGUAUCCAUGUGAAUGUUGCAGUUCACGCUUCCACGCACCAGUGCCUUCUAGGUGAGAUAGAAGUUCGAAGAUAGAAUCGGCGAACCACUUUGCUUUCUCGGAGUUCUUGGGUUUCUCUUCGUCAAGUACAUUACCAGUCAAUGAAAUCCGUCUAUAACUUGUGAAUGUCAAAAACCUCGUGCCAGUAUCCACAGGAUGAGUUCUUCAUUUCGUCGAUUAGUGCUGCUUCUGGACGGCACAUGGCAAGAACAGGUCAAUCGCACCAACGUUGCAAUUCUGUUCGAGAAUGUUGAUCAAGAUGCGAAUGGAGAUGGAGUUGAGCAGAUAGUCAAGUACUUUGAAGGCGUUGGAACGUCGUGGGGAGAUAGGCUUCUUGCCGGAGCAUUCGGAUACGGGUUAUCCGAGGUCAUCAAAGAUGCUUACUUAUGGCUGUCACAAACCUACAAACCAGGAGAUGAGGUUUUUGUGUUCGGAUUCAGCCGGGGGGCUUACACAGCGCGAAGUCUCGUAGGGCUCAUGAACAAAAUUGGUGGUGUGUUGAAGCAGCCGACGAAGGCCCUCGUGGAGCAGGCUUAUGAUCUCUAUCGAGAUUCUAAGAGUGAUGCUACCGAGUUUAAAGCCCAGCACAGUCAGGAAGCACGAGUCAAGCUCAUUGGAGUCUGGGAAACGGUGGGGGCUCUCGGUAUUCCAUCAUUGGGGCUCCCCUUGACGUUGCCCGGCACCCCAGAUUACUACCGCUUCCAUGAUACCAACCUCUCGUGCAUCGUGGACUACGCGUACCAUGCAAUUGCGAUCGAUGAGUACAGAGCAGAUUUUGACGCUACUCUGUGGGAUGCAACGACAGAGAAGAACAAGGAUGUUGAGCAAUGUUGGUUUAUCGGAGAUCAUGGCAACAUAGGAGGCGGUGGUACGAGCAACAUACUCUCGAUUCUCCCGUAUGUCUGGAUGCAAGACAAAGCCGUAGCCGUCGGUCUCCGCAUGAAGACUAUGUUGAAGGCAGGGGAGCAAUGGCGCCAGGCUCCCAAUGAUUCCUUCGGUUCAUUCUUGUUCGGAAUGUAUAGGAUAUAUCGUUUGGGUCAACCAAACAACCGAGAAAUUGGCAAGAAGGUGGAGGAAUCGCUGCACCCUAGUGUCUUGCUACGCCUCCAAAACUACCCUGAGUAUCAACCCAAGCCUCUGACGAAUGUAGGAGUUCCGGAUAGAACCAACGAGAUUCCUCGCAACAAAAAUGUGAAGAGGUGCGACGGCAGCAAAGAAGGUGUCGCUGCCUCCUAGCUGCUACGAAUGAGCCAGAUUCUGUCGAAAUUGCUUUUCCCUACUUACAAUCGUGGUUUGCCUACUUGGAAUGCCAUGGUUACGGAGGGAGGUCUGGUGAUCCAACACUUUGUUCGAUCAGUUUUUAUAGUUUGCUUGGUAUUGAACGUUCUUUGUUGAUGCGCCUUCUAGCACAGUAAAGCCUUGCUAAAUCAGAAUUUGAUGAGA